AUGCCCCAGGGAAAGGGACAGGUCAAAUUCGCCAUCGUCGCCGUCGACUACAUUACGAAGUGGACCGAAGCCGAAGCAUUGGCAACCAUAACCGCAGCCAGGGUCGAGCAUUUUGUAUGGAAGAACAUAAUUUGUCGGUUCGGCCUUCCGAACGCAAUCAUCACCGACAACGGCAAACAAUUCGACUCCACUCAGUUUUGGCACUUGUACCACCGAUUCAACAUCAACUUGUUCUUCUCAUCCCCAGCGCAUCCACAAUCAAACGGCCAGGUAGAAGCCAUCAACAAGAUCAUCAAGCGGACACUGAAGAAGAAGCUUGGGGCAGCUAAAGGAGCCUGGCCCGAUCUCCUUCCGGAGGCACUCUGGGCGAUCAACACCUCCUACCGUCGAUCGACUGGAGAAACACCGUUUUCCCUUGCUUUCGACUGGGUUUUACGCAAAGUUUCUCUCGCCACCAAAGACUCGAGCGACGGCACCCUUGGUCCAUCUUGGGAAGGUCCUUAUGAGGUCGUUACUGUCUGCCGACCGGGAACUUACCGACUGCGUGAUACCGAUGGUCAGACCCUCGGCCAUCCUUGGAAUAUUGAGCACCUCAAAUAUUACUACAAGUGA